UUCAGUCUUCUUCUGCUUGUUUCUCGUUUGGUCGUAGUUAAUUAAUUAUUCUCGUAAGCUCAAACAAUUAAUGGUCAUAAUUUAUUUUAAGUAGAAAUGUGAUAUUUAAAUAUUCUUAUUGAAUCGGAUUGUAAACAUUAGAUAGGGCUUCAACGAACAAGACGUAUUUUUAAUUUGGUGCCAUAAAACAAAACUCAAAAGCCAUGGAUUAUCAAUACUUAUCAUCACAACAUUUGUCAGGCUUCGAACAUUACAAAUACAGUUCCUUAGACACAAGCCCCCUCAGUGUGUAUGUGAUGCACCCGUUCUGGAACAGAGUGGUUUUGCUGUGUCCCAGAUGGGUUGCCCCCAACAUGCUCACCUUUGUGGGCUUCCUGUUCACAGUGGCCGCUUGUCUACUACUCUCAGUUUACGACUACCAGUUCUACGCCUCAAGUUCCGACCAUCCGGAGUUUGCUGCAAUACCACCCUGGGUCUUCCUCUUCUGCUCCAUCAGUAUAUUUAUCGCUUAUACACUAGAUGGUAUAGACGGCAAGCAGGCAAGACGGACACAGACGAGUGGUCCACUUGGGGAGUUGUUUGACCAUGGUCUAGACUCGUGGACGGCCGUACUGAUCCCCACGUGUCUCUACUCUGUCUUUGGUCGCACAGACUUCAGCGUGCCGCCCAUCCGCUACUACUACGUCUGUUGGAACGUAUUCCUCACGUUUUACUCCUCACACUGGGAGAAGUACAACACAGGUGUUCUGUUCCUACCGUGGGGUUAUGAUCUAUCUAUGAUUGCAACAACACUGGUGUUCCUAGUCACUUACCAGCUGGGCCAUGAGUGGUGGAAGUUCACAGUCUAUGGUAACAUUGCCACUGGUCAUAUCCUGGAGAUUGUCUUCUACCUGAGCUCCUUCGCAUCUAAUCUGCCCGUUGUAUUGUGGAACAUCUACAAGUCAUAUAGAGAUCGUACAGGCAAGAUGCGCUCCAUGUGGGAGGCCAAUCGUCCGCUGGUGCCUGUGCUGGUGUUCCUAGCUGUGUGUGCUCUAUGGGCGUACCUGUCCCCCUCGGACAUCAUCAGUAGAGACCCUCGAGCUUAUUACCUCAUGUCUGGCACUAUCUUCUCAAAUAUAUGUUGCCGACUGAUAGUAGCACAGAUGUCCAAUACUAGAUGUGACACAUACAACUGGCUGUUGGGUCCUGCGUUCCUCUGCACGGGGUUGGCAAUACUGCUGCCCUCGCCUCGGCUAGAGCUGUUCCUUCUGUACACCCUGUGGGCCACAGCCACCUUUGCUCAUAUACACUACGGCACCUGUGUUGUUAGACAAAUGUGUCGACACUUCAGAAUCAGCUGUUUCCAGAUCAAACCUCGGCCACACUCGGAAUGACUGCUGGCCGACAACUCGUGUUAAAUCUCCCCACCACCACCCACCUUCCAUUCUACUGAGUCAUCUUCCAAGCUAGGAGUAGGUUAACAUCAGAUUGUAGACGAAGGUAGUUUUUGUUCUGAAAUAGUAUUAUCUUCCAAGACGUUCAACAGUCUUUAGGAUGCUUAAAAGCACUCACACUUUUCGAAAAUUUUCCUUAGUGCGUUCAUAGGAUCUGGAUUUGUGAUACAAAUCUUGUCAGGUGAUAGCAGAUUGCUAGGUAAAAUAGAAGAAAUUUAUGUAAUUAGUUUCAUUUGAUAAGUGCUAGUGAAUUAUGUUUGCAUAGUUUAUUUUACUGUUUUUUUGGUUUUGUAUCAAAACCGAUUUUGAUCAAAUAUUUUAUAAAGUUUUUUUUAUGCUUAAAUACCAUCUUUUGGCAAAUUUGUCUUUGUAGUCGAGAACCGACAACGAAUUGGCAACAUAUUAGUUAGAUGUCAUGAUUUAGAUGCUUUAUUACCUCCAAUUGCUUAAACAACUGAAUUGAUUCAAGUUGUAUUUAAAUGUGCGCUACAGCACCUUUGUAUCAGAGGUUGUAUAAGGGCUCUGAAGCGCCGAAAGAACCAGGAGAAAUCAGAAUAUUCUUUUGUAUAACAAAGGAAAAAUACAUAUAAAUGUUUGAUUUACAUUGCUCUACUAAUGUUGGACCAAUAAACAAAUCUAUUAUAUUUUCUUCCCUUUUUCCAUACCAAUACUUCAACGGCUUCUCAAUUUGUUGCAGAUGAGUUUUUAAUAAUUUCUUAAUUUGGAUGUGUACCUUCAUACAUUUUGGGCAUCUCAAAUCAUGACAAAGUUGCAGACGAAUCCUUAUUUAUUUUCAUGAAAUUCAAUGGCAAACGCUUUAGCAAUAAAAUUCUCAAUCAUAAUAUCAAAGGUCUAUGAUUUUAGUUAGGUUAAGGAGUAAUGUUAUUUUGCUAAGCUUCUUUGUAUAUUAACACUGUAAGCAUUGAUUAUAGAUACAAUACUAUUGUAAGCUGUGUACAUUUCAUUGUAUGGUAAGAUUGAAGAAGUGGUUUUUGCACCAAUACACUUACACACUACUUUUAACACUUGCUGUAUCUUUAGAAAUUCUUAACAAACGUACUAAUGAAGUAGAUGUUCAAAACGGAAGAAUUUCUGGAUUGAUUUGAGGAGUAAUGCUACGAUGCGGUGUUCCAAGAUCUCUUUCCCUAUAAAGAAAACCUCAUGAAGUUUAAAAAGAAGUCCAGACUGUUAAGUAUUGUUUUCUACUUGUUUUUAUAUUGCAGUGUAAAUGUGUUCUGGGAGAGGAAAUACAGGGAUUGUAGGACACAAUGAAAAGGAGUCAUUGAUUCUGGAAUGUUUUAUUUUUGUGGUAACUUUAGAGAUGAGUUGUUAUCUAAAAGACUUAUUUUUUCAUUGAGUUUUUGGUAACUUAUCAAGAUAAAUGAACCCAUAGAUUAAUAUGAUCUCAAAUACCAGAGUGUGAUAUUGUAAUUUGAUCAAAACUGUUAUUUUAAGGAGUUGAAUGUGGACCAAUCAUGUUAACCUUGUUAGCAUAACGGGUUUCUCUUUAUAAUAUUUCAAAAUAUUGUGGCACAGUAACAUUCCCCUGUUGACAUUCUACAUCUAUUUUGAGUCUGUCCUGCACUGGAGAAGAUACAUGAUUAUAAUGGCAUUUCAGUAUGUGUGUACAUUAUCAGCGUGUACCAAGUCAACACCAGUCUUAACUUUCACUUGAACUAGUAUUAUUCGUUUGCCAAGUCUCGAAUAACUUCAAGGUAUUGGUGCAUCCAUUUGAGGCAACUGUCGUCCCCACUAUGUAAUUGUUUUUGAACGACAGUUUUGAUUCGCUAUGUCUACUUUACAUUGUCUACUUUGAUAUCUAUAAUCAAUGCUAUAAGCUUGUUAGAUUUUUGAGCUUUGUGAGUCUUGUGAUAUUCUUUUCAGUCGGUGGUGGUUUUCCUUUGACACGUGUUGUCCCUCGGACAUUAUUUUCUGUAUAUUUAUGUAUUUAAAUAAAUGUUUCUCUAAGUAGGGGGUUAAUUAAUUGAUUCUAUGUGGGAUUUGUUGCUCAUAAGCUAUUUAUAUCAGUUUUUAAUUUAUAUUUUUUGAAAAAAACUACAUUUCUUUGAGAAAAGAAAACAGGCUUUAAGACAAUAUUUAAUAAAAGAUUUCUUCACCCGAAUGUACUAUUCAAAUCUCAUCAACAUAAAAAGCUUCUUUUUAUUUUUCGGUUGAAAUUGAUAGUAUGUGUUUUAGUUUUAGUUUGUAGGAACAUGGAUGCUGUUUAUCAUCCUUUAUAUAUUUAUAUGUUUUGUCUCUUAGUUUAGUUUCUGUGAUGUUUGAAAGAGUGGUCAACAGGUUUUUUUACAAAUAAAGAACAAUUUUGUGUCUUAUUUAACUGAGAUUAAGCUUUUUCUGAAUACAGUUUGUCAGUUUAAUUAAGUAGCUGUGAUUAAUAAGUCUUCUGUUGUGCUUGAUCGGAGAAGGAAUGUGUUUUUAAAAUCUACUGGUGCUAGCUCUUCUUCUGUAAGAGGUUGUGGUUGCUUUUUACUAGUUGGAGUACUGCUCGAUACGUUAGUGUGUUGACAUUCCUUUAUGAACAAAUAUUGUAAGUUGCAUUCAAACACCCCACACUUAAUUGUUUACUAGUAACCCUAAUAUUCACCAAUGUUUUAACAACAAAAAAAUGCCGGGAUUUGUUGGCUAUCAUUCUAUACAAGGUUCUACAGUUCAGCUUGGAGAGGCCAUGUUAUUACUCAUGGUUUUAAACUUGUACAGCUUCUUGCAUUCUAUUAAUAAAAGCUAAUUCUACCAGAAAAUUACUUGCAAACUUUUUACUAGUCAUUGUUUUUACUUACUUACACAAUUUGCAGGAAAUAGCUUUAGUUUUAAUAGAAUUUAAUUUAACUGAUGAUCAAUAAACACAAAUCCAUUUAUGAACUGUUGUAUUUGUAUGCAUUUCAGUGUUAAAUUAAGAACAAAAUUUCAAUACAAAGAACAAAUUUUAAAGCAGCUCUUGAUUGAGCAGUCUUGGGAAACGUGUAUUACUUCUCUUGAAUUUUACAACAUGGUUAUUGUACCUAAAGAAGUUCAUUUUAUUGGAUGAAUAUUUUUGUAAUAUAUUGAUGUAUUAAUAUAUUAUUAAUAAUAUAAUAUGUAUAUAAUUUGUUUUUGGGGAAUUCAGAUUAGUCUUGAAGUAAUAAAAAAUUCAUUACUGGAUGAUUUGUAUUUGACUUAAAUAAUAAAUAAGUAUAUAUCAUGGCCUGCCCUAAUACAUGGCUGCGGGGAGACAAAAGUGGUAACACCACAGACUCUGCUUACUGAAACAGCUGUUUCACUUAUACAUAAUUGAGCGUUUGCACAAUUUUACGUUUACACGUUUGUUAAUACUGUUACUACCAUGGCCUUAGGCUGGCCGGCUUACGAAACACCAACACCGCAGCCCUGUAUAAGAGGAGGAUAUGCCUAUAUACAAUUUACAAAAUUGAUACAGGUUUGAAAUUUGUCAAAAGCUAGCUUUGUUAGUUUUAUUUUUAGAGAUGUGUUGGGAUAGCAAAUAAUAUUUGAUGAAUCAUGUGUUUUAUUUCUUUGUAUAUACUUUUACUUUUGGUCAACAUGCAAGGGAAAAUUAUAGUAAUUUAAGGCAUGUUUCAUAAUAUUAUUUUCUAGUCUUAUAUUACAUGUAAAUGUGUGAACUAAAUUUUGAAAAAUGUUUCAAUCUUUGUUUUAUUGUACUUUUGUGCAUUAUUAGAAUUAAUUGCUGGUAAUACUCAGUGAGCCAAUUAUUGUAUUUGCUCACCAUUCAAGAUUCUUGUUAUUGUAGUUAUCAACUAACUAGUCCUUAACUUUUAGGGUCUUUGACAAUGGUGAUGACAAAUUGUAAGAGUUUUGUAAAUAAAAUAACUAUUGUUAUUUGGAUGUUUCAUUGUUGGAUAGUGUGGCUGGAAUAAAUUUUUGUUUCCUGGUA